GAGAGACCCCAUCCCCUUUUUCUUUGUCCCACCGCGUUUGCGCAAAUGCUUCUCUUUCUUUCUCACUUAAAAGUCUUCCCACGCAAGCACGUUACAGUCUAACAAAUCGAUUCAAAUCUUUGAUCCAUCUAAAAGAACUAUCCUAGCCGGUAUUGGACACGCUGACCUAAAGUCCACACUCAUCCACUCGCACGUUUACAUCUAUAUAUAUACACCUCUUGCCUAGCUCCUCCUGCGUAUUCAUUUAUCAUAGAAUUACUAGCAAGAUGGCUUUCUUUAUUUGCUUCCUCUUCUUUCUUAUUUCAUCUGCCACUGCUUGUGAUCGUUGUGUGCACCAAACUAAGGCUGCAUAUUUCAGUAAAGCUUCAGCACUUUCAUCUGGGGCUUGUGGGUAUGGUUCCUUGGCAUUGGGUUUCAACAGUGGACAUCUUGCAGCUGGUAUUCCUUCCCUUUACAAAGAUGGAGCUGGUUGUGGAGCAUGCUUUCAGGUAAGAUGCAAAAACACAACUGUUUGUCUUAGAGAAGGGACUAGAGUGGUUUUGACGGAUCUCAAUCACAAUAACCAAACAGACUUUGUCCUCAGCAGCAGAGCUUUCAUGGCUAUGGCUCCAAAGGGUAUGGGCCAACACAUUUUGAAACUUGGGAUUGUGGACGUAGAGUACAAGAGGGUACCCUGCCAAUACAAGAAUCAGAACAUGGCAUUGCGAGUGGAAGAAUCAAGCCAAAAGCCACAUUACUUGGCAAUCAAAUUUCUGUUUCAAGGUGGCCAAACAGAAAUAGUAGGUGUUGAUGUAGCUCAGGUUGGUUCGUCUAACUGGGUUUUCAUGAGUAGAAAUCACGGGGCAGUCUGGGACACAAGUAGAGUGCCAUCUGGGCCACUGCAAUUCCGGUUUGUAGUAACAGCUGGGUACGAUGGGAAGUGGAUCUGGGCUCAACAUGUUCUUCCUGCUGACUGGAAGCCUGCAGGAGUAUAUGACACUGGAGUACAGAUCUCUGAUAUUGCACAAGAAGGUUGCUCUACAUGUGAUGAAGGGACUUGGAAAUAAGGCAACUCGGUACGGCCAGCUAGCGUGCAUGCAUUCAUAGGUCUUGAUUAAUUAAUUUAGGAUCUCAGGGAAUUAUAAUACAAGAAAAAAUGUUAGAGAUAUGACUUUUAAACAACUACGUACCGCACAAUCUGUCUAUGAAAUGAUAGUUGCAAACA